CCAUGCCCCUGCCCCUGUCCAUGCCCCUGCCCCUGCCCCUGUCCCUGUCCCUAUACCCGUCCAUAAUUCUCUUAGACAUCAGAAGCCCCAUCCACCGCAUCCAGCCAAGACUCUGUUCCCGGUGGAAGAGCGGAGACGGAGGAGGAGAGGAUCGCAAGGAAGAAGAGGGAGUAUGAGAAGCAAAAGCAGGAGGAGAAGAGGCAGCUGAUGUUGAAACAGUCACAGGCAAAGGUACUGCAGAAGACUCAAAUGUUGGCAGCGAACAUCGGUGGUGCCCGAGCCACUGGAAGACCGCAUGGGUCAAUGGUGGGAUCGAGGAUGGGUGAUAGACGGACUGCUCCGUUCCUGACCGGGGAUAGGGUUGAGAACAGGCUAAAAAAGCCUACGACUUUCAUAUGCAAGAUGAAGUUCAGGAAUGAGUUGCCAGAUCCAACCGCUCAACCAAAGUUAUUAGUUAUGAAUACCAAUAAAGAUCGAUAUACAAAGUAUACUAUUACUUCAUUGGAGAAAAUUUACAAGCCCAAACUUUAUCCAGAGACAGAUCUUGGAAUUCCUCUUGACCUUCUUGACAUUAGCGUGUACAAUCGUCCUGCUGUUUGCCCGCCCCUUGCUCCAGAAGAUGAGGAGUUAUUGCGCGACGCUGAGGUAGAAACUCCUGUUAAACAAGGCGGUAUCCGAAAGAAAGAUCGCCCCACAGAAAAGGGGGUUUCAUGGUUGGUUAAUACAGAAUAUAUAUCCUCUUUUAGCUUGGACACUGCCAAAACGUCCAUGUCUGAGAAGCAAGCAAAAGAAAUGCGACAGUCCAGGGAAGGUCGGAAUCAAUUUUUAGAAAACCUGAAUAGUAGAGAAAAGCAGAUUCAGGCUAUUGAAGAAUCUUUUAAGGCUUCCAACUUACCUCCUGUACACCAAACAAAUCGUUCAUUGAAACCUGUGAAGAUUAUGCCUUUGCUACCUGAUUUUGAGCGGUAUGAUGAUCGCUUUGUGAUGGCAUCAUUUGAUGGUGCACCUACAGCUGAUGCGGAGAUGUAUAACAAAUUAGAUAGAUCCAUACGUGAUGCUCACGAAUCACAGGCCAUAAUGAAGAGCUUUGUGGUAAAUGGCUCUGAUCCUUCAAAGUCUGAAAAAUUUUUGGCAUUCAUGGCGCCUGCUCCUGAUGAGCUAUCGAAGGACAUGUACGAUGAAAAUGAAGAUAUAUCAUAUUGCUGGGUUAGGGAGUAUCACUGGGAUGUUAGAGGUGAUGAUGUUGAUGACCCUACAACAUUUCUUGUUAAUUUUGAUGAUCAUGUUGCACGAUAUCUGCCUUUGCCCACAAAGCUUUUAUUAAAGAAAAAGAAGGCUAAAGAGGGAAGGUCUAGCGAUGAGGUGGAGCAGUAUCCUGUACCUUUAAGAAUAACUGUGAGAAAAAGAGCAUCUGUUGCUGUUACAGAAGUGAUGGAAUCUGGACAAACCGCUGUUAAUUACGACAGAGCAGACAUUCAUUACUCAAAGAAGGCAAGGUCUUUUAGGGAAGAUUAUUCUGAUGACAGACCUGAACGUACGGAGCAUUUUAGUGGAGAUGAUGACAUUUCUGAAUAAUUUGAGCAUCGAUGCUAUGCUGUCAAAACCUGGAGUGUCACUCUCACCAUAAAUAUUUACAUAUUUAUAUAUGGUCUUCAUGUUGACACUAUUCCAGUGUAGACUGAAAUGGGCAUCCAAUGACAUUGCAAGGCAGAGGUGACAUGUUCUCAAAACUAGGGGCCAAUUAUUAUGUCCAGGAAAGAAUGCAGCCAUGUAAAAAUCAAAUUGUUGCGCAUCCAUCUUUUACUCGAUUGUUUACUUUCCAAAUUUCGUUUUUAGUUUUGUGUUUUUGUUCAUUAAAAUUGUAUUUAUGUUCAAAAUUUAAGCUUAAAUUUCUCUGAAGAGAUAUUCUAAUGGUGUUCUACAUAGAUGUUU